GCCCAUCCGCAGAUGACAACAACAAAACAACCACAGCUACUAGAGAGGGUGUUAGCGUAGGUAGCCACCUGAGAUAAACAACUAGUGGUUUACUCCGUGUAUCACACCGUUACGGCUGGAGUUUGCCAAAUUAGAAGUUUGUUCAGCUGAAGCAUGCUUAGUUUGUGCAACUAAUUAUGACUGUCAGUUAUUCUAGUACAGUUUAGUCUAGCUAACGUUAGCUGAGGGGCUUGCUAAGCUAGCUCUAUGUAUGCCAAGCUAAAACGGGUUAGCUAGCUAGCUUGGGUGCUAGCUUGUUAGCUAGCCAGCUCGCCUAGGCGAAGCCAAAAGCGAGAAGAGGGAGAUGAGCAAAGUGAGGGUUGUGGUGAGUGACUAAAUGAACAAGACAGGCAAGUGGGAAGAACUCUGGGAGAGCCAACAUGAAGUUGUAUGUGUUCCAGGUCAACAAUGGCAGCACAUUGACGUUUGAUACGGACCUUGCUGUCCAAACUGUACAGGAGCUCAAACAUGCCAUCCAAGCCAAAUAUAAAAUUGCAAUUCCACAUCAAGUCCUUGUUGUUAACGGAGGAGAAUGUAUGGCUGCAGAGAGACGAGUUUGCAGCUACAGUGCUGGCACUGAAACUAACCCCAUAUUCCUGUUCAACAAAGAGAUGAUCUUGUCUGACCGGGAUCCAACGAUCCCCAAAACCACCUUCUCAAUUGAGAGUGAGAUUCAGGUUAAGGUGGAGGAGUCUCUUUUGAUGCCAGCUGUUUUUCACACUGUUGCCUCUAGAACACAACUUGCUCUGGAAAUGUUUGAAGUUGCCAACAAACUUUGCUCUUUUUGUGAACGUUUGGUUCAUGAUGAACACCUUCAACACCAAGGCUGGGCUGCUAUAAUGGCUAAUCUGGACGACUGCACUUUGUCUUAUCAGAAGUUGCUCAUGAAAUUCAACACAGCUUAUACAAAUUAUCAACAUGAUUUGGAGGAAAUAAAAGUGAAACUUACAAAGUUAGGGACAGCAGUUUCUGUAAUGGCCAAGAUACCUCUGCUGGAAUGUUUGACCCGUCAAAGUUACAGAGAGAGCAUAGAGAAGUCCAGCUCAACCCCAGAAAAGGAUUCAGAUGAGACAGAAGAAGAAAAAUCCACUGACUCUGUGCUCUGCACAACUGAAGUACAGAUGCCCUCCAAGUCAUCAGCAUCCUUCUCUGCUUCAGAGACAGCCACCUGUAAGCCAGCUGAAGACCAGGAGUCAAAAGAAAUGACUGAUAGUGGUGGCCUGAGAGCUGCACUUUUAGAUGAUGACACUCCAGAGCUCAGCAACCUGUCCUCGUUCAAUGUUACGUUACUAGAUUGGAUCAAUGUGCAAGACAGGCCCAAUGAUGUGGAAUCAGUUGUAAGGAAAUGCUUUGACUCUAUCAAUAGGCUUGACCCGCGGAUCAUUCAGCCUUUCCUAGCAGAAUGUCAUGACACAAUUUCCAAGCUAGAUAAUCAAAACAUGAAAUCCAUCAAAGGGCUUGAAGACAGGUUGUAUGCUCUAGACCAGAUGCUUGCAAGCUGUAAGAAGUUGGUGAAUGAGCAGAAAGAACUUGCUCAGGGAUUUUUGGCCAAUCAGAAGCGGGCUGAAAACCUGAAGGAUACAUCUGUUCUGCCUGACUUAUGUAUGAGUCACACCAACCAGCUGAUGAUCAUGCUGAACAACCACAGGAAACUGCUGGAGAUUAAAAAGAAGUGCACCACUGCCAAACAAGAGCUAGCAAACAACCUUCAAGUCAGACUCAAAUGGUGCUGCUACGUGAUGCUUCAUGCAGACCAGGAUGCGGAGAAGCUUCAGGCUCUAUUCAGACUUCUGACCGAGCUAAUGGAAAGAGUGAGAGUGGUGGAGGCCCUCAGUACUGUGCCCCAGAUGUACUGCCUGGCAGUCGUGGAGGUCGUCAGGAGAAAAAUGUUCAUGCGCCACUACAGAGAGUGGGCCAAUGCACUUAUCAAGGAUGGAAAACAAUUGUAUGAGGCGGAAAAGUUCAAAAGGGAAUCCUUUGGGAAACUCUUUCGGAAGUCUUUCCUCCGAAAUCGGUUGUUUAGAGGACUUGAUUCAUGGCCUCCAACAUCAUUUUGUACACGAAAGCCGAGAAGGUUUGAUGACGAACUUCCAGACAUCUCACUUGAGGACCUGCAGUACUUGAAAUCUUGUUGUCCUGUUGAGGUGCAGCCUUUCCUCAUGGUUCCCACAGUGUGCGACUUUGAGCCCUUAAAUCACCACAUAGAGACACUUCAUCAACUGGUCCAAGCUGCGCAGAGUGUGGACGAGAUGUCUCAGACGAUUACUGACCUCCUAAGUGAACAAAGGGUAUCUUGUAGUCAGAGUGCCCACAGGUCAAUCACGUUGUCGCCACAGUCUGACAUGCCUGCAAACACAAAAGUGGUGUCCCCCAAAACUCCUUCCUCUCUCAGCCUUCAGGGCCCCAGCUGCCAACCUCUUCAUGUUCCUAUAGAGGACUUAUCCCCAGACAGCAUUGAUGCACAAACAUUUGAUUUUGAAACCAUUGGCCAUCCAAACAUGGAUCCAGUCCUGCAGCAGGGAUCCCUUGACUUGGAUUCUCUGGCAGAGAGCCCUGAAUCAGACUUCAUGUCAGCUGUCAAUGAGUUUGUGAUUGAAGAGAACUUGACCUCUCCAAACCCUAUCAGUGAUCCUACUAGCCCUGAAAUGAUGGUGGAAUCUCUGUACUCCUCAGUCAUUAACGCUAUUGAUAGCAAGCGAAUGCAAGAUACCACAGUACUAGAGAGGGAGAACUCAAGGAUCGCUGUUCUCAAACAAGUUAUUGAGAGGUAUCAAAGUGCUGCGGAGGAGUCCCAUUCCAACUUAAGAAAUGUAAAGGAUGACCUCUGUCAUUUACGAGGUCUGAUGUUAAAAGAACAACAUGACUUCGGCUUUGUUUUGCGUAGUAUGAGCACAGAGGUGUGCAGUAUUGUUGACAACAUCUGCCAGACCCAUGAGCAAGAGUUGAAGGAGCAGCAUCAAAGUGAGCUUCUGGCCGUACGGCAAGACCUUGAGAAGAAGGUUCAGACACUAACAGAGGAAAACCAAGUAAAUCAGAAUAUUGUUAGAGAUGUCCAGCGUGCAAUGCUGGAGCUUGAAGGGCUUAUGGAGCGCAAGGAGAAGGAACUGACUCAGCUUGAGAAUGAGAGGGAGCGAUGGGUUCAAAUGGAUGGUGUUCAGACUGACAAGAUCAAAAACCUGGAGCAGAUUAUCAGUGAUCAAGCUGAAGAAGUCAAGAUGCUUACAGCUUCAAGAGACUCUUUGGCCACCCAACUUGAGAAUCUGCACUUUGAGAUUGAACGCAGUCAGCAGAAGAUCCGACAGGAGCUGGAAGUUGUUGCACAGAACAAUUUAAAAGAGUUGCAGGACAGACUGAAGCAGGAACACAAGGCAGAAAUGGAGACUCUGAUGAAGGAUAACCACGAGGCUCUGGAACAUCUUUCUGUUGAAAAUAGUGCUAAGUUAAAUGAGGCAGCUGAUCACCAUGCCACUGCUAUAAAAAGGAAGGAUAGCCAAGCCAAGGAACUGGAGGCUCGGAUAGCUGAGCUUGCAGAACUCCGCUGUAAACUAGAGGUUGAGCUAGCCCUCAAAGAAUCAGAGACAGAAGAGUUAAAGCGCUUGUUUGAGGAGGCCAGGAUACAGCAGGAAGAGGCUGUUAAGUCCCAAGUAGAGGCUGAGACCAAAGUUCUUGGAGAAGAACUGGCAGCUGUCAAAAAAGAGCUUCAGCUAAAGAAUGAAGAGUAUGAAGUGGACCUAGCAGAGCUUAGGACUCUCAUGAGGAUUGAGAAAGACCAUUGCAUCUCAGAGCUUGUCGACAGACACGAGGAGGAGACUAUUUUGUUGAGCAACAAGCUCUCUUCCCUGCAGCAACAAGCCCAGGAUACUGAGAGGAGCCACACUGAGCAGAAGCAGAAACUUAAAGAGGAAUUAGAUCAGCAGCUGGCUGCUCUCUGUGAUGAAAAAGAAAAACAACUGAGGAGUUUCCGAGAACAGGAGCAGGAGUUGAGGACUGUUAUCAGCAGUUUGCAGGAAAAAAAUGACCUGCUUUCUCAAAAACUAGAACAGGACAGACAUGCAAUUGAGAAACCUUUAGAGAAAGUAAAGGCCACUGAGGCUGCAGCACCAGAUGCCUUUAAAGAGUUACAGCAGCAGAAAGUGGAGAUGGAGAAGACACUUUCAGAAAAGAUCAGACUACUUGAAAAUGAGCUUCAUGAUGUCCGGUCCUCAAAAAGUGGUGAAGGGUUGUCACUGCAUGCUGAGGGGCGUGCAGAUGCUGGAGCACCUCUGUCUCUAGACUCAGCACUACAAGAGCGUCUGCAACAGGAAAGGGCCUCUCUGCAGGCACAGAUGGAGCUCAUGGAGAAGAAGAAGAAUGAGGAGAUACAGAACAUUAAAACAUCACUUAUUGCAGAGCAGCAGACAAAUUUCAACACAGUGCUAACUCGAGAGAAGAUGAAAAAGGAGCAGAUCAUCAGUGAGCUCACAGAGAAGUUGCGUAAAGUUACCCAGCAGCAGGAGAAGGAUAAAGCUCUGAUAGAGAAGCUGUCCGAGGACCGGGCUAGUGUGAUGCAGGAAAAGAAACAUUUGGAAGAGGAGCUCAACCAUUUGCGUGGCACUGCACUGGUCUCCUCUGCCUUCUUCAACCCUAACCCCUUAGCUCAAGAGGCCACAGAAGCUGGGGCAGCAGCAGCAGCAGCAGCUAGAGCUCUGCCUGUUGCUGGAGCUUGUUCUUCUGAGCCCCUUGCUGAAACUGACAGAUUGGCCUCUGUGACAGCCAUUCGAGAUGACGAACAUGUUGAUUCAGCAGUAGAAGCCAGCAUGGUGACCGUCCAUGAUGCUAUGAUGUCAGAGGAGAAACAGCGGAUAAUCUUACUUGAGAGGACUUUACACAUGAAGGAAGAAGAAAACAAGCGUCUCAGUCAAAGACUGAUGUCUCAGAGCAUGUCGUCUGUGUCGUCACGGCAUUCAGACAAAAUCGCCAUCAGAGAUUUCCAGGUAGGCGAUUUGGUUCUAAUCAUCUUGGAUGAAAGGCAUGACAACUACGUGCUAUUCACAGUUGGUCCCACCCUCUACUUCCUCCACUCCGAGUCUCUCACUGCACUGGACCUCAAACCAGCAUCAGGGACCUCAAGACGGCCGUGGGUGCUUGGAAAGGUGAUGGAGAAGGAAUAUUGCCAGGCAAAAAAGGCCCAGAACAGAUUCAAAGUUCCUUUAGGAACCAAGUUCUACAGAGUGAAAGCUGUUCCAUGGAACAGAAAAGUAUAAUAGCCAAGUAAUGAGCUAAAAUGUAUAUUUAUAUAGUUUAAUUUUUGAACAGAACCAUCACAUCAUAACUCAUAAGUUGAAAAUUGAAAGACCUUAAAAAUGGAAAGAAUUAAGAUCCUUAUCAUGUUGUUUUUGCUUUUCAUUUUAAAAUCCCACCUGCUAUCACUUUUUUUUUCUUUUUUCUUUUAAACCCAGAUCUGUUAUUGUGGACCAAAUGCUAUUAACCUUAUUAGGGACAUGCCCUAUACACUGUGGCACAAUGCCAUUCGACCUGUGUGUAAAAUUAAACAAAAUUUGGAUGUUCAAUAUUAGUUCUCAUUAUCAGCAUUUGUCCUUUUGUGGAAAAUACUGUCAUUAUCAGCAUAAUUAAAUGAAAAAUAUACAUUUAUUAUAAAUGUUUAUGGAGGAAUGUUCAUGGCAUGCAUAUUGAUAUAUUUUCUUUGAUUUACUUAUCCAGAUAAAUGUUGUAGUUGGAAAUGUAGUUAAUGCUGUUUGUUACUCACAAGGCAGUAUGGCCCUCCGUCAAUACUGAAAUGUACAUUAUGACUGACUAAUGGAAACAGUCGUCUUUGCAAUCCUUGAAAUGCACUUUCAAAACAAUGCUUUUGUUGAUUUGAAAAGGGAAGUUAAUUGAGCUGUCAGAACUAAGUAAAUAUAUCAGCACAAACUUCUCACUAUCAUAGAAUAUUGAUAUGUAGAAAGGAAUACUUUGUGACUGUGUUUCAUUAUCAGGAGGCAUUGUAUAUUACCCAUCAAAUCACAUGUAACAAUAAAUUACUGUAUUGUAAAAGCUAGAGUUUUGAAACAAUAAAGGAUUGAUCCCAAAUGGA